AGAUUUUCUUUAACGUGAUUACUUACAAGCAGUAGUUCCUCAUCAUGGCUGAACUAUCGCCUGAAGAAAUUCAGCUGAGGGCCAACCAGGUCACUGAUGAGUCUCUAGAAAGCACAAGGAGGAUUCUUGGCUUAGCCAUUGAGUCCCAGGAUGUUGGCAUCAAAACCAUCACUAUGCUGGAUGAACAGGGAGAACAACUAAAUCGCAUAGAAGAAGGCAUGGACCAAAUAAAUAAGGAUAUGAGAGAAGCUGAGAAGACACUGACAGAGCUCAACAAAUGUUGUGGGCUCUGUGUCUGUCCUUGUAACAGGACGAAGAAUUUUGAGGCUAGCAAGUCAUACAGACAAACCUGGGGAGACGGAACGGAGAACUCAGCAGAUCAUGUGAUAUCCAUGCAACCAAGAAGAAUAAAUCAGCAGCAGCCUCAGACUUCUGGAGGGCCAAGUGGUGGAUAUAUUACAAGGAUAACAAAUGAUGCCAGAGAAGAUGAAAUGGAUGAAAAUCUUGCUCAAGUGGGAAACAUUCUUGGGAAUUUGAAAAACAUGGCUUUGGAUAUGGGCAAUGAGAUUGAUGCCCAGAAUAAACAAAUAGACCGGAUAAAUGUAAAGGCUGAUACAAACAGGGAACGCAUUGAGCAAGCCAACAUCAGAGCCAAGAAACUAAUUGACAAUUAAAGGCUGCUGUCAUUGUUCAAUGACACUGUCUCUCCAGCUGCAAGCCACCCUAUUCAAGGAUCUGUGAAACUUCUCCUAUUCUGAAAUAAGAGGGGCUGGGAAAAAUGAAGCAGAAAUGAAGCAGUACCCUUUCUAUAGGGAUUAAUUUUCUUUUUUUUUUAAUUGCUUCAUGUAAACAUGGCCUUGACUCCAAGAAAGCAGCCAACAUAACUUCCUCCUACUCAUCUGCCUUCACUUUCUUUAAACUGCUCAGGGCUAAAAGUGUUAUGGCUUUGAGAAUCUUCUUGCAUGUUUUAUUCCCCUUCCCAGUCUCUUUUUUUUCCUGCACCCAAAAUACUUUUUUUUUUAAUUGAAGUUGAACAAGCAGGGUAACCUGAAUUCACAGUUGUGGAAAGUUGGAGAGGGCACUUUGCACUGUUUGAAAUACCUCAUAAGUUGAGUGUCUUCACUAAAACAGGGACUUGGUGAAUAUUGUCUGACUUGUGUCUCUAGCGGGCUAACCAUAGUUUAACAGUUCAAGCCACAUGAUAUGUUUGGGGUCGAGUUUGUGGAUUACAGAAUUGAAGAGGCCCACUACUUAGUACUUGUGGGUUGAGGGCUUUAAAACACUUCCUAAACACACAAACUUUAAUGUAAAGGUAACUGGAGGGAUAUACAGGUUUCCAUUUCUUUACUGUAAAUUGGCAUUGGUUUG